UAGCUCAAGAAGCAAAAGAAAACUUCAACAUCCAGAUCUGACGAUAUCUAACUGUUUCUUGGCACUAGAAAAGCAGAGGACAGGAUGAGGCCGUCAGAAGGCGCCUGCUGCUUCCUGCUGCUGUUGCUGGUGGCCGAAUUGCUGCCCGGAUCAUCCGGCGGCAACAAUCCCCGCUACGAGAAAUUCCUGAGCCAGCACCGGGACGACCCCAGGAGCAGCUUCCACGGGCGCUACUGUGACAGCCUGAUGCGCAGCCGGGGCCUCACCAAGCCCGAGUGCAAGGAAGUGAACACCUUUAUCCACGGGUCCAAAAGGCAGAUCCGGGCAGUGUGCGACCAAGAGGGGGUUCCCGACGGGGAGCUGCGGCGCAGCCUGCGACCCUUCCGGGUUACGACCUGCACCCACAGGGGUGGCUCAGUCCGCCCGCCCUGCGAGUACAAAGAGAACACCUCGCCCAGGUACAUCGUCAUUGGCUGUGAAAACGGCUGGCCUGUCCACUAUGAUGAGAGCCAAAUCGUGACCACGGUCUGAAGCCGAGGAGAAGCAACGUGAGGCUGAAGCUGGUGGUGCUCCCUCCUUGAGUCAGUCAACGUCGCCGGGUUUAUUUCGAGCCUUUCUUGGUAUCUAUGGAUGCUUUUCCUCACUGAGGUUCCUUGUAAGCCUUCCUCUUAUCUUGUUUUGCUAUCGGAACCUGUUAGCUGUCUUUCACACUUGUGAGGAGAAGGCUGUGUAACCUGUAGAAAUCAUAAACAUAAUAAAACGAGCCCAGUAGCAGCUUGGCGGCUAGCAAGGUUGACACCUUUCGAGAAUCAAUGCUCCAUUUGUUGGAUAUCUGAUGGAGUUUUGACCAGUGGUGGGAUCCAAAAAUUUUAGUAACAGGUUCCCAUGGUGGUGGGAUUCAA